UACCUGUUUCUUAAUUGAACGUCUUUCAAUAUAAACUCAUAAAUGUAUUGGAACUAUGCAAUUGCAUUCAUUUGAUUCCGCAGUAACACCCACAACAAGGGGAUAUACCCGCAUCGAACAAAAUGACUCUCCUGUUGAGCAACCAACUACUGCCAGUCAUCUUUUACUAAGCCCUUCAGCACAACUAACGAGCUAUGUGUAUUUGCUGGUUCUUUCUGCUUGUAUUGGUGGAUUUCUGUUUGGCUAUGACACAGGAGUCAUUUCCGGUGCGUUGCAACCUCUUAGCAGUGACUUUACAAUGGACACGGCUGAAAAGGAAAUAGUUGUGGGUGGAACCACUGUGGGUGCCAUAGGCGGCGGACUACUUGCUGGCAUAACAGCAGAUCGGGCGGGACGAAGGCCAUUGGUUCUUUUGGCUUCGAUUGUAUUUAUCAUAGGUUCGCUAGUGCUUGCAGCAGCACAAAGUUAUAGCGCACUGGUCACUGGGCGAUUGAUCGUUGGAAUGGGGGUUGGUAUCGCAUCUAUGAUUGUCCCAGUCUACAUCAGUGAAGUAGCACCGAAAUCGUUUCGUGGGCAGCUCGCUACCUUAAACACUCUCAUGGUCACCUUCGGUCAAGUGGUUGCAUAUGUGGUCAACAUUAUCUUUGUUGACGUUCCACAUGGUUGGAGACACAUGUUUGCCGUAGCAGCACUUCCUGCAAUUGUCCAGUGUUUGACAUUGCCAUUUGUUCCAGAGUCGCCGAGGUAUAUGGUUGCAACUGGUCAAAUUGAUAAAGCGAGAAUUGUAGUGCGGAAGAUAUAUGCCACCUCAACAUCGGAUGAAUUUAUUGAACAAGAACUAGCUGCUAUUGAGCAGAGCGUUAAGCUUAGUGCCUCUGGAUCGUUUCAAGAAUUACUCUCAGCUGAAAACUUGCGACCUCUUCUGAUAGCGUGUUUGUUACAAGCUGCUCAACAAUUAUGUGGAUUCAAUACAGCCAUGUACUAUGCAGCCACUAUCAUGCAAAUGGCAGGUUUCAGUAACCAUGCCGAUUCAACGAGUGUAGCUAUUAUCGUCGCUUUGACGAACAUGGUGUUUACUGCAGUGGCGAUCAAGCUGAUUGAUAGAAUCGGACGCCGUCGUAUGCUUAUUAGCACUAUGUUUACCAUGAUUCUUGGGCUGGUUGCACUUGGAGGUUCUUUUGCUGCACUUCAAGGUAUUACGCCCAAACAAAAUUCGUGCGACCUCUACGGCGACGUUUGUGCGCGUUGCAUUUUGGAUGAUCGAUGCGGAUGGUCAACGGAGACGAACUCAUGUACUUCACUCGUCCUUGGCAAUACUGCUUAUGAAUCAGAAUGCCCAGCGGACAAGACAGAUCGAGGCACAUCAAUAAUCCUGUUGUUUGCGCUCUUUGUCUAUGUUGGUAGUUACGCACUUGGUCUUGGAUACGCUCCAUGGUUAAUCCAAAGUGAGCUUUUUAAUAUGCGAGCACGCAGCCGAGCCAAUGGGGUAUCCACUUCUGUCAACUGGUUCUGCAAUUUGCUUGUUGCUAUCUCGUUUCUGUCCUUGACCAAUGCAUUAUCUGCUGCGGGUGCAUUUUGGUUUUAUGCAGUUCUGUCAGUUAUUUUCUGGGCAUUGAUCAUUAGAUAUGUUCCUGAGACUGCGGGAAAAUCAUUAGAAGAAACGGAACAAUUAUUUUAGAGAGACCUAACUCUUCCCGAGCACUCGUGUCCCAGUUGCUUUCAUUUAAAAGAUGUGUAAAUAGUCACCAUUGGAUAUAAUUAUCCACAUUCCCCUCUUCAUCACUUAGCUACAAUAUGUAUCCGACUUAAUACCAACCACAUCCACACGUAUACACAAAUAUAUUUGUGCAAAUUACACUUGAAA